AUGUUACAUGCAUCAUAUAAUGUUAUCUCUCAGCCUGCAUCACACCGGUUAUCUCAACAGGGUGCCAUAACAAAGACAAUGACUGCCAUUGAAGAGACGGCUGGAAUGGAUGUGUUAUGCAGUGACAAGACAGACACAUUAACUCUUAACAAGCUUUCAGUGGACAAGAAUAUUAUUCAGGUUUUUGUUAAAAACUUUGACAGUGAUAUGGUUAUACUUAUGGCUGCAAGAGCAUCAAGGCUAGAGAACCAGGAUGCAAUUGAUGGUGCUAUAGUUUCAAUGUUAGCAGACCCAAAGGAGGCGAGAGCUGGAAUAAAAGAAGUUCACUUCCUUCCAUUCAAUCCAACUCAUAAAAGAACUGCACUAACAUACCUUGAUGCUGCUGGUAAGAUGCACAUGGUUAGCAAAGGAGCUCCAGAGCAGACCACAUUCAUCAACAAAAACGACUUUCGAAGAGAAGCUCAUCAGGAUGCAUGGGCUACUGAGCACAGAACCUUACAUGGCCUCCACUCUGCUGAGCCAAAAGGGUUUAGCGAUAAGCACACCUUCAGAGAAAUUAAUACAUUGGCAGAAGAGGCAAGGAGAAGAGCAGAGAUACCAAGGCUGAGAGAGCUUCACACUCUGAAAGGUAGAGUGGAAUCAUUUUUUCUGAUAGAAACACUUAAAACAACUAAUCGCUUUGAUCUUAAAGUAGUAGAUGAGACUUUCAACACAAAUGUCUUAAUACUUCCAUAA